CUACAAUUAAUUUUUUUUUCUUUAAAUUAGGGUUUCAUUUUCUCUCCAUCGUUUUCCUGUAUCUCCAGGUAAAUUCAGAACUUUGAAGUUGAAGAAUUACUAAUCAAGAUUAAUAUAAGACAUGGAAAUUUCAGAGGAUGCUUCUGCAAUUGUAGAGCCUCCUGACCCAGAAGUUCUUGAAAUCGACCCAACUUGUCGAUAUAUCCGGUACAGAGAAGUAAUAGGAAAAGGAGCAUUCAAGACAGUCUAUAUGGGAUUCGACGAAGUAGAUGGUAUUGAAGUUGCAUGGAAUCAAGUAAGAAUCGAUGAUCUUUUGCAAUCACCAGAUUGUCUAGAGAGGCUACAUUCAGAAGUGCGGCUUUUGAAAUCUUUGAAGCACAAUAACAUUAUAAAGUUUUACAACUCGUGGAUCGAUGACAAGAACAAAACCAUUAACAUAAUCACCGAAAUGUUCACUUCAGGAAGUCUCAGACAGUACCGUAAGAAACAUAGAACGGUGUAUAUGAAGGCAGUGAAGUGUUGGGCGAGACAGAUUUUAACGGGGUUGAUAUAUCUUCACAGUCAAGAACCGCCGAUUAUACAUAGAGAUAUCAAAUGCGAUAACAGUUUUAGUAAUGGUAAUCAUGGAGAAGUGAAAAUAGGAGAUCUUGGUUUAGCUACCGUCAUGGAGAAAGCUAAUGCCAAUAGUGUCAUUGGAACUCCUGAGUUUAUGGCGCCUGAGAUUUACGAUGAGAACUACAACGAGCUUGCUGAUAUAUAUUCUUUUGGGAAGUGUAUGUUGGAGAUGGUGACUUUUGAAUAUCCUUAUUGUGAAUGUAGAAACUCUGCUCAGAUCUACAAGAAAGUUUCAUCGGGUAUAAAACCGGCUUCACUCUCUAAGGUUAAAGAUCCGGAAGUAAUGAAAUUUAUAGAAAAAUGUGUAUUACCAGCUUCUGAAAGGUUAUCAGCUAAGGAGUUUCUAAUGGAUUCUUUUCUCCAAGUGAACGGUUUAGCUAUGAACAUCCCGUUGCUGCUUCCUGACAUUGUAAUGCCUGAAGAAGGCUCGUUUGGAGACCGUUGUCUUAUGUCUGAAGGACCUCCAAACUCUCGGAAUAGACCAAUGUCGAUGGAUCUUGACGAGGACAAUAACCUACCUAUUGUUACGUGUACUUCAAGCAACAAUUCAGGAUCACAGUGUAUUGAGGUCAGCAGGGCAAAGCGAGGCAACUUCUUUGUCCUCAAAGGUGAAGAGAAUGAUGAAAACUCUGUCUCGCUAAUUCUUCGUAUAGUCGAUGAAAGUGGACGUGUAAGGAACAUUCAUUUCUUGUUCUAUCAAGAAGGUGACACUGCUUCUAAGGUAUCGAGUGAGAUGCUUGAAUUAACACAUCAAAACGUAAAGUUUAUAGCAGAAUUGAUCGAUAUAUUACUCGUCAAUUUGUUACCGAGUUGGAAAACCGAUGUCACGAUCGAUCAUCUUAUGCAUCCACAAGGGAAGCAGAGUGAAUCCGUGAGUCACUCCUUAUCCUCGGAUUAUGUCCCACGAUCCGAUGACGAGGUAAACUCGACCGUAGUAGCAACAACAAGAGAUCAAAAAGCAGAGGAACUUGGAAGCUUUCAGGAAGAAGAUGAGAGGUUAAAAGUGGAGUUAGAGAAGAUUGAAGAACUGUAAGUGAGGAAAAGGGAAGAAGCGAAAACGGAGACGAGAAAGAGAUACUUUGAGAAGAAGGAUAUGCAACAAGUUGAGUAAAGUAAACAGAGAAACACAAGCAUCGUCUCUGUUUUUCGCUUCCUCUGUUUUGCUUAUUUGUGUUGUAACUUUUAUGUAAGUUUAGUCAAAGGAAAAGGAAAAAAAAUGUUUCCUUCAA